AUGCUAUUUACUUUUCUUUCUUUCAUUCUUUCGUUCUUUCAUUCUUUCUUUCUUCUUUCUUUCUUUCUUUCUUCUUUCUUUCUUUCUUUCAAACCUAUUGAUUUUUUCUACUUUUCUUCUAAUCUUUAUCACUCUGAUGAAACUUUUUCUUUCUUUCUUUCUUUCUUUCUUUCUUUCUUUCUAACCUGUUUCUUUUUCUACUUUUGUUCUAUUCUUUUUCUUUCAAUCCUUCUUAUUCUUCCUCUCAUUAUUCUUAACCAGUUACCUUUUCCUUUUCUUUCUUUCUUUCUUUUUCAUUCUUCUUCGUCAUUUCAUUUUCACUUUCUCUCCGUCCUUCCUUUAUUUUUGUCACCCCUUUUUCCCCCGCUCUCUUCUUUCUUCCUUUAUUUUCAUUCUCUCUUUCUUUUUCACUUUUCCAUCUCUCUUUUUUUCCCUAUAAUUCUUCUUCGCUAUUUUCUUUUUCGCUUUUACACCAUUAUUUUGCCCAUAGAUAGACUACAUCUGCGUCCUGGGCUUUUCUUUUAUUUAAUACUUCUUCCCUUUCUUUUCAAUAUGUUCCUUCUGUUUUGCUUUUUUUUUCGUUUUCAUUUUUUUCUCUUCGAUUUUAAAUUCAUUUUCUUUUUCACGUUUUCUUUCUACUCCUCUUUUUCUUCUGUUGUCUUUAAUUCUUCUUUAUGCAUUUAUAUUUUUUCCUUCUACUUUUUUAUUUUAUUCUUUCACAUUUUUUCAUUUUCUCUUUUUUAUUCUUACUAUUUCUUUCUUUAUUCUUUUAUAAAAAUAAAUAACUUUAUUCUUUCUUUCUUUUUCACUUUUUUUUCUGUUGGAUUUUCUUCUUUUUCUUUCUAUGAAUUUUCUUUGCUAAUUUCUUUCCUAAUUUCUCUUUCAUCUUUAUUUCUUGUUUGUUUUCAUAUUCUGUUUAAUUUUUUCUUAUUUAUCACUGCAUUUCUUUCUUUCUUUCUUUCUUUCUUUCUUUCUUUCUUUCUUUCUUUCUUUCUUUCUUUGGUGCGUCAAUUAAUAAUUUCUUUUCUUCCUUUUCUGUUUUCUGUUUAUAUCUAUCUAUCUGAAACCGUUCAUAUCCACCUGUUUCAGUCUCAGAUUGCAGGUAUAGUCGCCCAUAUCUAUCUAUCUAUCUAUCUAUCUAUCUAUCUAUCUAUCUAUCUAUCUAUCUAUCUAUCUAUCUAUCUAUCUCAGUCGGUUUCUAUCUAUCUAGCUCAGUCGGUUUCUAUCUAUCUAUCUAUCUAUCUAUCUAUCUAUCUCAGUCGGUUUCUAUCUAUCUAUCUAUCUAUCUCAGUCGCUAGCUCAGUCGGUUUCUAUCAUCUAUCUAUCUAUCUAUCUAUCUAUCUAUCUAGCUCAGUCGGUUUCUAUAUAUCUAUCUAUCUAUCUAUCUAUCUUAUCUAUCUAUCUAUCUAUCUAGCUCAGUCGGUUUCUAUCUAUCUAUCUAUCUAUCUAUCUCAUCGGUUUCUAUCUAUCUAUCUAUCUAUCUAUCUAUCUAUCUAUCUAUCUCAGUCGGUUUCUAUCUAUCUAUCUAUCUAUCUCAGUCGGUUUCUAUCUAUCUAUCUAUCUAUCUAUCUAUCUAUCUAUCUAUCUAUCUCAGUCGGUUUAUAUCUAUCUAUCUAUCUAUCUAUCUAUCUAUCUAUCUAUCUAUCUAUCUAUCUAUCUAUCUAUCUUGCUUUCUUUCCCGUGUCAAUUUAUAGAUUCUUUUAUUUCUUUUCUGUUAUAAUCUUUCUUUCUUUCUUUCUUUCUUUCUUUCUUUCUUUCUUUCUUUCUUUCUUUCUUUCUUUCUACUAUUUCAAUAUUUCAACUCUCCCACGCUCCUCUCCCUCUUUUUCUUCCUGCUUCUGCUUUUUCUUCUUCUAUCUAUCUCAUUUCUUCCACUUUACCCAGACUGACCGUCGGGCAUAG